GACAAAUUCAAGCGUUAGUUUGGCCUGUUCCACAUCUUCAGUCUGCGUUGCUAAAACCUAACUGUAAAGCUGUCUCUAGAUCUAGAUCUAGAGUCUAGAUCUCUAUUUGUAUUUUCUAUAUCCAGUGUAGAUAUCUAGAUUAGAUCUAGCCUAUAUAUUAUAUACAAAUUUCAGUAUUUUUUUUCUUUAGGGUGUGCCGUAGGCCCUUGCCGUAGCGGGGUAGCCGAACUUCAAACUUAAGUUAUUAAUUCACAGUUCAGUUCACAUCAUUAAGUUUAAAAGUUAAGAGUUGAGACACCAGAGGCAUCAACAAUGUUUUACAGUCAUGUGUAUUUAAGAAGAAAUGGAAGAUUCGGAUUAGUUUGGCUCGCAGCCACCCAGUCCAGAAUACUUAACAAAAGAGAACUGCAAGCUGUCAAUAUUUCUAUAACAUGCUCCGAUAUUCUAGAGCACAUUCCAGGAAGUGUAGGACAUGGAACUUACAAGCGGCCUCGCAGAUUCUCACUGUAUCUUUCCUCCCAGCUGAUGUAUGGCUCUGUCAAAAUACUUCAAAAACAGUGGGAAUGUCUACUUACUGAUGUUUCAUCCUUGCUUAGACAUUUUUAUCCAGACAUAAGCACAACAAAUGAAAUAGAUCUUGUAAUACUAAGACAUGAUGUGGUCACCAUUGAAUCAUGUGUGCCUGUCAGCAUCAAAGAUAAAUUCUAUGACCCAUUUUUUGGGGCAUUUAAAGACUCAACCGUGGAUGUUGAGGCUCUGUUGGAAGCUUGGGAUACAGGUUAUUUGGAACAAUGUAACCAGUCUAUUACCUUGCCUCCUUCAGUCACAGCAGAAGUAGGAUCACCUCAUUCAGUUUCUGAUCCAAGAGACAUUCAAAUCCAAGAUGAUCUCUAUCUGCCUAUAAACCCAAUGAUGCCAGGAGAACAAGAUUUACCCAUGCUGGAUGUGGAUAACCUGGCCCUGCUGCACCAGACGGAUGAAGAUAUCCAGAUCUCAGCCGAAGAGAUGAUGAGUCCCAGAAUCUCAAGAAUCCUGAGACCAACAGAAGUGACAGAUAUGGACAUCCAAACAGGCCCCACUAGAGCUUUUCUUGAAGAAACACCAGCUGUAAAAACAGGUGGAGCCAUGCCCAGUACUCCACAAAAACCAAAGAGAAAACGGCCUCUACAGUCCCCAGAUGGAAAAAAGACACUACAAAGGGAAGAAGAAACAGUUAUGGAAGGAAGCCAACAGCUGGAAGAACAAGUUGUCACCCAUGAUGAUCAGCUGAUGCUUGAACCUGUUGUUGUUGGAGCAGACGGCAGACUUCUAUCCCCUGUGGUACCCAAGGGACAUGACUGGCUACAGAAAAGACCAUGCAUACUGAGUGAGCCAGCAGAUGCCCUAACACCUAGCCCUGCCAGAAGGCGCAAACCAAGCAGACUCAUUAUAGAUGAGAAGCUACAGCUGCAUCGAUCAGAGAUCAGAUCAAACAUGACAACCUCACACACUACUUCAUUACCUUUUAUUAUACCAGUUUUACAGCAGAAGGAUUUAUUCAAGAACCCUGGCAGUCGUUACCUCACCAGCAUGUCACUGGUAAAUUUAUGGAAGAGAAACUGUGUUUUAGGAUUACGAGCUUACGACACAGAAUCAGAGUCUUCAUCCUCUUUCACUAGUCCCUCCUUACCUGAAAUCAUCAAACGCAAAAGACCUUCAGCAACAGCCAAAGGAGAUACUCCGGAAAAACAGCUGAAAAAAGAUGUUUCAAUUCCAUUGUCUGUGGAACGAAUAAGGGACACAUCUGCUCGAUCAGCCGAAGGUGCAGAAAGAAGUCAUUCUAUAGUGGGUCUAUCAAGCGAUGAGUCUUCCUUGAGUAUAAGCGCCAGGAGAUCAGGAAUGCAUGCUGAGUGGGAGAAGUCUGGCAUAGACGAGCCUGUCCUUGUUGAUCCUGCUCAGAACAUAAGCCUGGGAGUUCUACCCACAUUACAAGAGGAACAUGAGCAACUACUGAGUCCACCUGCUUUGGUGCAAAAAGAUGAAUCUUUUGAUGUAUCAAUUCCAUUACCUCAUCGUGUUUCACCAGUUCUUCCAGAGAAACCUAUUCUUGGCAUGGUGACAGAAGCUGUGAAAGCCAGCCGUGAAGCCGUGACAUUUCGCAGCCUGUGUCCACCAGCUACCACUUCCAGAUUCAUCGCUGCCAAGAUGUUCUUAGAUCUCUGCUUUGAAGUUGGUAAAGCCCAGCUGUGUAUAGAACAACAUCAGCCUUAUGGUGACAUCUUCAUCUGGCUGCCAGAUCAAAGAGCCCAGUGACAGACCAGAUUCAUUUUUAAAAAGCAAAUUGUAAUAGAUGUGUUUUUUUAUAUAAGUCUAGAGAAAACUGAUAUUUUAAACUUU